UAUUCAGGUGUGGUUUCUUCAUUCAGCCCUGCUGCUGGCGAAUUGUCAGUAUAUAUUUGAUAUAUAAAAUAUUUGAUGUUCCCAUUAAAUGAAUCGUGAGAUUAGAAUGCGCUUCAGUCGAGCGCCCCGCUGGGCUCACGUGGCGCCCGAUGGUUUCUAGGCAGGUAACUAGGAAGUGAAAGCGCUGAACUCCUCCUCCCGCGUGUAUCCGCAGGAACCGGCGGCAGCGUGACGCGGGUGGAAGAGACCGAGAGACCGGAGUGACACAGCCAGGACUGAAGAUGGCAGAUGAUCCGAACGCGGCGGACAGAAACGUGGAGAUCUGGAAGAUAAAGAAACUCAUCAAGAGUCUACAAGCGGCGAGAGGUAACGGGACCAGCAUGAUCUCGCUCAUCAUUCCUCCUAAAGAUCAGAUCUCCAGAGUGGCCAAGAUGUUGGCGGAUGAGUUCGGGACAGCAUCAAACAUCAAGAGUCGAGUGAACCGGCUGUCAGUGCUGGGAGCCAUUACUUCUGUGCAGCAGAGACUCAAACUCUAUAACAAAGUGCCCCAUAAUGGUCUGGUGGUUUACUGCGGCACCAUAGUGACAGACGAAGGCAAAGAGAAGAAAGUCAACAUCGACUUUGAGCCGUUCAAACCCAUCAACACCUCUCUGUACCUCUGUGAUAACAAGUUCCACACAGAGGCUCUGACGGCGUUGUUGUCAGACGACAGUAAGUUUGGAUUCAUAGUCAUUGAUGGUAGUGGAGCUCUGUUCGGGACUCUGCAGGGAAACACCAGAGAAGUGCUGCACAAAUUCACUGUGGACCUGCCCAAAAAACAUGGAAGAGGAGGUCAGUCCGCGCUGCGUUUCGCUCGGUUACGGAUGGAGAAGAGACAUAAUUACGUGAGGAAGGUGGCAGAGACGGCCGUGCAGCUCUUCGUAUCCAACGAUAAAGUCAACGUGGCCGGACUGGUGCUGGCCGGAUCUGCAGAUUUCAAAACGGAGCUCAGCCAGUCAGACAUGUUCGAUCCGAGGUUACAGGUGAAAGUGUUGAAGCUGGUCGACAUCUCUUACGGAGGAGAAAACGGCUUCAAUCAGGCCAUCGAACUGUCCGCUGAGGUCCUGUCCAACGUCAAAUUCAUCCAGGAGAAAAAAUUAAUAGGGCGAUACUUCGAUGAGAUCAGUCAGGACACAGGGAAGUAUUGUUUUGGUGUGGACGACACACUGAAGGCGCUGGAAAUGGGAGCCGCUGAAAUUCUCAUCGUCUAUGAAAACUUGGAGACGAUGAGAUACGUCCUGAAAUUGCACGGCGCGGAGGUCAACGGUUCGGAGAACGAUGAGAAAGUCAUUUAUUUGACCCCAGAGCAAGAGAAGGACAAAUCACACUUCAUAGACAAAGAGACGGGUCAGGAGCACGAGCUCAUCGAGUGCAUGCCACUGCUGGAGUGGUUCGCCAACAGCUAUAAGAAGUUUGGAGCGACUCUGGAGAUCGUGACGGAUAAAAGUCAAGAGGGAUCGCAGUUCGUCAAGGGUUUCGGAGGAAUUGGAGGUAUUUUGCGGUACCGAGUGGAUUUCCAGGGGUUGGAAUACCAGGAAGAAGAUGAGGAGUUUUUUGAUUUGGAUGACUACUAGGUAGUUGAGAAUGAGCUAGAGAGAAAUCAGUGAAGAUUUGAGGAAUCAUUGGGAAAAAAAUAGUUCUUAAUUACCAAAUUCUAACCAAAAAAAAAAAAAAAACAACAGUUUGAGAAGUGUGUCAUUUGUCAGUCAAAUGAAGGACAGAGUCGUUCAUGAAUAAUUAAACGGCCCUGCCUUCAGAGCGUUCUGAUUGGACAGGACUAAUUUGUUUAUUCUCUUCCCCUGUUUGAGUUUAGGUCGCUGGAACCUUCAGACUGUUUUGAAAUAAGUUUAUUUUUCUUUUUAUUCUCUGUUCCCUAUUUUUCUUCUCUUAACUUUUCCCCACUAUAAAUCCACCACUAGUUCUCCUCCUUUAGUUCUCUUCCUUUUUUUUAUUUUUUUUAAUUGCCAAUUGCUGCUGCUGUAUUUUAUGACAGUGUGGUGUUUUUUACCUGGGUUUCUGUAAUGAAUGGGGGAAAAUAAAAUAAAUUUGAAAAUGCUAAAA